AUGUGUAUGGAAAUGAAUUUACAAACUUUAUUUCAGGAUUUUAAUCCUAGCAAAUUCGUGGUUCACAGCUGUUUGCUAAUAUUUACUGCAUUGUUAGCUUUAAAAUUAGAUAAUUCGAUAACAUGGUCGUACUGGGCCGUGUUUACUCCAAUAUGGGUGUGGAAAUUUCUUGUAGUUCUUGGUGCCACAGUUGGCACAUAUGUUUGGUGGCAGUACCCUCACUUCAGGUUGGAGGGUGAAGCCUAUAUUCACUACAAAGCUAUGCUGAUAAGUCUUGCCAUUCACUUAAUACUGCUUAUGUUCGAGCUGCUGGUAUGUGACCAGUUGACCACCAGUCGCCAUGUGUGGAUACUGGUGUUUAUACCACUCAUCUUUAUAAGCAUAGUUUCCAUUGCCAUCUGUAUAUGGUCUGUGAAACAUGAUCGCAGCUAUGAGUUGGAACUAUUUUGUGCUGUAAAUAUACUCCAGUUCAUAUUUCUGGCACUGAAGCUGGAUGAGUUCAUAAGUUGGUCGUGGGAGGUUGUGUUUGUACCGCUGUGGAUACUGAUGUGCCUCAGUCUUGUAGGGGUCUUAUACAGUAUAAUAUUCGCUGGGAUCCUACUCCGGACUCCAGAGGUGAACAUACAACAGCGGCGGACUAGCUUUAACUCGGCUCUGGCUUACACGUUCACAGUCAUACCUAUAUUGGUGUUUCAGGUGCUAUUAACAAACAAGUUGGACGAUGGCCUGCCCCUCACGUACACGGUGGUCGUCAGCCCGCUCUUCGUCAGCUACGCCACCCUCAUCAUCAUGUCGUUCAGCUCUAAAGGAGGCAAUAAAUGGUGGUUCGGUAUCAGGAAAGACUUCUGCCAGUUCCUUCUCUCAGUAUUCCCGCUACUACAAGAGUACGCGAACAUUGCGUACAACAACAACGUGAACCGAGGCGCCAACGUGGUGCCCAGCGAGCCCCCAGAACCUUACCGCGACGACGAAACACAAAAGAAAGUUAAAGAAAGCAAAAAAUCGCAGAAGAAUCAAAAGAAAAAUGAAAUAAUGAAACCAGUAGUGCCUAUUACGAGUAUAGACAUGCCAGAUUGA